AUGGGUUUUUUUUGGGCUUCAGUUCCUACCUCAACAGAGCAACCUAGUUCUUCUCAAAAAUCUUUUGCAACCUCUCCUCCACCAGGAUGUCCUAUGCACGAGUCAAACGUUGAUUCAAAACCCUCUGCUUGCCCUGUUGUGAACAAGGAUGGCAAGGACGAAAUCAACCCGUUAACCAAUAUGCCAUACGAUAUCUCAGUGCAGAAACAACCAGGACAAAAAAUUGACCUGCCUACCGAUAGAACGUUGUCUACAAUUCCACGUGGUCUUGAUACUAAAGAGGGGGUUUGGGAGUACCCAUCUCCACAGCAAAUGUUUAAUGCGAUGAUUAGAAAGGGUAAAGGUGAUGUUCCAGAGGAUGCAGUUGAAAGUAUGGUUAGUAUUCAUAAUUUCUUGAAUGAGGGUGCAUGGGAGGAAAUCGAAGAAUGGGAAAAACCUUAUACUGAACAAACGCACAUCGAACCAAGGCUUUUGAAGUUCACUGGUAGACCGGAUGCUUUAUCGCCAAGGGCAAGAUAUUACAAUUUUAUGUCAAAAAUUUUCCCAGAUAAAUAUGGGACUGAAUUACCAUUUGACAGACACGACUGGACGGUUUUGAGGAAUGAUGGAAAUGGCAACUGGAAAGAAGUCAGAUAUGUCAUUGAUUAUUAUUCCGGUGGCGACGAUGAUUUCGGAAUGCCAUCAUUUUACUUGGAUGUUCGUCCUGGUUUAGACAAUCUUGAUAAUGCAGUACAAAGAUGGAACCAUUGGAAAGAAGAAAUGAAACCUACAUGGGACAAAGCACUGGGUAAAGAUGUUCAUUCUGAUACGAAGAAUAAAAGAUAA